AUGUCCAAGAUUUUUACAAAUUUUUAUGCAAAAAUUCUGUUAUCGUUCUACGUAACGGAAGUUUUGCCAAUUCCGACGCCAAAAGGCAUAAAGAUUCCAACUUUACACGAAGACUGUGUUAUUCUUAGUCAACUAAUAUUUUCGAGUUUUGAUAUUUAUUACUCCGUGUUGGAAAAUGUCAUCAUUUCUUUGCCGAAAGAGAUUUCUGAUGAUUAUAAGAUAAAUGAUACUUUCCAACAAACUUGUACGUAUGAUGGAAUCGUGUUCAAUCCGGCCUGUCAAAUUGAAAAUGUACCAAUAGUGACGAUCAGAACCACUAUAUUAGAAGUUAGAGAUCUAGAUGUUAAGUCGAAGAAUGUUCAUGUGGAAUUAUCUGUAACAAAGUGGGUUACCGCCUCCCUUGGACGUUUUGAUAAUGAUAAACCUCCGAAUUCUGAUAUUGAUGUACAUGUACCUGAACCGGAUAAGAAACAAAAAUCCAAACCCCCCAACAAAUCCACCCCGAAUCACUCGAAAUCCUAUAAAUUGGGUUUGUCUAUCUUUGGAGGGAUUUCUGCAUCUGCUUUUUUAAUCAUGGUAGCAAUAACAUUUAGAAAAAAAAAAACAAGGCUUGGAUGGGUUGCAAUAACGAAUUAA